AUUCUAUGCAGUACACAAAUGGAACACAUCAUUGUGGUUUUUGUUCAGGUUCUAGAAGUGGGGAACACAACAGAAAAUGGUGGAACUGGAGCCACUAAUUAACUAUGCUCACUCACGCACAGUCCCUUAAUCUGUCUUAUUAGUAUUAAAACCUCGUGCUUCAGAUUACUAAUCACAGCAUGAAACCUGUCCUGCUUUGCUGCUUAUAAAGCCAGGGGCCCUCCAGAGCACAAAACAUCGAUGAUCAAAUGGAAAAGCCAAUGUUGAACUUGGUUAUAGUAAUAUGUUGUUACCUUUGUAGCAGUAAACUUGUACUGUCCGGUCAUGCUAUCGAAUCGCCUCCCUACAGGGUGGUGCACUCUGAAUCGGAGUUUGAGCUCAGACUCUACAAAGAAUCCUCAUGGAUGUCUGCUCUCGUCCAAGACACAACCUCUUUCGAAAAAGCCACCAAAGACGGAUUUCACAGGCUGUAUCAAUACAUCCAUGGUGCUAACCUCAACUCUUCCGAAAUUACCAUAACGGCUCCUGUCUUAACAAGCAUUGUGCCGUCAGUGCACGGGCUGGCAGAAUACUACGUGAAGUUGUAUCUGGCUGCCAAAUAUGAAGGAACACCUCCACAGCCCUCGGCCGAACUGAAUUUGCAGUUGGAUAAUUGGAGAAGCCAUUGCAUAGCAGUCAGAAAGUUUCCAGGGUUUGCCAAAGAUGACCGUUUUUCCAAAGAAUAUGAAACUCUUGUGGACAGCCUAAAUAAGCACUUAAUUGGAAAGCCAGCGAUUCUGGCAGCUGAGAGUCCUUAUGCCAUUGCUCAGUACAAUGCUUCGUAUCACCUUUCUGGGCGCCUAAACGAAGUGUGGAUGGAUCUUUCAGGAAUCACUGCUGAUUGCUGAGAGAUCUGCAUAGUGAGAAUAACAUGGCUAAAUUGUACGAUUAGUCCCUGAGUUUUACUAAGAGUUUCACUUUCUCCCUUCUAGUUCCUUUGUCCAACCCGUCAAAUAAAGCAAAACUCCUUUCAAGUUGGGAGUUCUUCAAAUGAGAAGAAAGUUUACUUAGCUGACGGAUUGGAUUAAAGUGAAAACAAACGAAACUACAAGAACGAAAGUGAAACACCAAGUAAACUUCAGGGCCCUGUUAUUUAAAUUUGGCCUCUUAAUCUUGAUGUGGCUAUUGUGUAAUAUAAUUUCUCGCAGAAAUCAGAAAGGGAUGUCUGAUAUGUAGAAUAAAGUGGACAUCUUUCAUGUACGUACAAAAUAUGCCACUAUAAUUAUAUAUUCAUGCAGUCAAUGGAGUAUUUUACAAAAUUACUGAAUAUAUUGCUUCUUGUAUACAUGAUAGAAACAACAUCUUUGCAAAGUAAGGGUAAGGCUGCGUCCUAUAGACGUUCCUUCCGACCUUCGCAAAACUGGGAGCCUUGUUAGCUUGGGUCACCCUCUUUAUUGCGUCUUGUAAACAGGCCUCCCUCAGACGAUACAAAUGAACCCUCAUGUAAAUUUGUUACAUUAUUUAUUCUCAUUAACAAUGUCUUAACACACAAAUA